AUGGUGGUUAGAAGGAUAGAAUUUCUUGAAAAACAAAAGGAUUUCCUUGGUCUGAAAGUGAUUCCCAAGGACAAUAACUUGGCAUGGAGAGCAUCCACAUCUCUGGUGGAGGGGAAUAUAUAUGACAGGGAGGAUGAUCAACAAGCCUUACUCAAAAUAAUAAGUGACAACAGUGAAUCUCAGUUAUAUGUGAUCCCUAUUGUUGGCAUGGGUGGGGUUGGUAAAACAACCUUAGCUAAAUGGGUGUACAGUGUCAUAGAGGGAUUUGAUCUGAAAGCAUGGAUUUGCAUCUCUGAAACAUUUGAUGUUGCUGAUAUUACAAAGACAAUCAUAGAGGAAGUUACUAGAAGUCCUUGUACUCUUCAGAGUUUAAAUUCACUUCAAAUUGAAUUGAAGAGAAUCUUGUGGGAGAAGAAGUUUCUUAUUGUUCUAGACGACGUCUGGAGCGAUGAUGCUGAUAGCUGGAAGAAAUUUAAAACUCCUUUCCAUGGUGGGGCUAAGGGAAGUACAAUGCUUCUAACAACUCGCAUCAAAGAGGUUGCCUCAGUAGUUCAAACUUAUCCCUCUUACUUUCUUAAUGAGCUGUCGGAAGAUUAUUGUUGGCUAGUGUUUGCAGAUAAUUCAUGUUUUCUAAAGUCAAACGAGAAUUCAACACUAGAAGAAAUUGGUAGAAAAAUUGUCAACAAGUGUAAGGGGUUGCCAUUAGCUGCAGAAACCCUCGGGCACUUGUUGCGAGGAAAGGAGGACGUUAAAGAAUGGAAUGUUGUUUUAACAAGUGACAUCUGGGAAUUUUCUAUGCCGAGGGUGAUCAAUGCCGAGGAAAACCUUCACAUCCUUACAAUGGGAUAG